GAUGUGGAUCGAGGGUGAAUCUACUUCGUGACAGGAUGACGCCACGGUUGAUGCUCCGCAGUGGAGGGGUGGUGGCUUGACACCGUCGUGAGCGCCCACGUAGAACGUGAAACCGUUGACACUGGUCCGCGGUAUCGUGAAACAGUUGGCGGAGGUAGACGCAGCGAAAAGUCGAAGGUGUGUGUGCCGCCGCGCGGCGCUGCCGUCGCCCACCACCACCGCCUCCGUUCGCCACCCCUCUCGCUGCCCGGUUGGUUUACGUUUCUGACAGUGGCUCGAGCGAGCGGUGACAAUCGAGACGGCAGUCGUCAGUGCGCCGUCGUGCUGUACGCAGGCAGCUCUAGUGCCGCCUGUUCGCCCGUCGAUUCCGCAACCGCGUGGCCGGCCAACUGUCAAACGUGCAACCGCGAAUCGACUCGUCGAGCGGAAGUUUACGCAGUGAAGUGGUUUUAAAAGUGUACCAGGAAUCGAUGAGGUAAGAUGCGCGUCGCCCGGAGUGCCACGAAUAAGUCAACAGGCGGAUUCUGCUGCGCGGCGCUGUGAGGACUGUUUAUCAGCAAAGAUGACCGAGUUAGCGAAGGAAGCGUUCGCCUCGCGCAAUUACCGGCUCGCUGUCGAGAUGUACGAGCGAAGCUUGAAGCACCAGACCGCUAGUUUCGAGGUGUUGGUCGGCUACGGGGACUCGUUGGCCAAGUGUGGACGUAUCAGCGAGUCCAUAGGUGUUUACUCGCGAUGUUUGGCGGCCAGACCAGUGCCGGUCGAGAGACUGAAACACCUGGCCAACGCGCUCCUGGAGGAGCUGGUCGGUGUCGCCGCGACCGCCACCGGGUCCAGGAGAAAAAUCGAGACGUCCUUCGCGUGUCCUUUCUGCGAGGGUACUCUCUGCCUGCCGGUGACCACCAACUGCGGUCACACGUACUGCAAGAAUUGCGUGGAGCCGGGGAAAUGCUGUCGCGUGUGCGGACAAAAGAUCGUCGCUGUGGGUGAGACCAACGUGUUGGUGCAGAGGCUCGUGGAAAAGUGGUGGCCCCGCGAGGCGGAAGCCAGCCGGGCGAGACACGAGGGUGACAUUCUGAUGAAGGAGGGCCACCUGGCCCAGGCCCUCGAGAGGUACAACCUCGCGGUGCAUCUCGCGCCAAACAGCCCACUUCAUCUUAGCAACAGGGCUCACGUCUUGCUUCUACUGAACAGGCCUCAAGCCUCCCUCACGGACGCUGAUCAUGCUGUUAGGCUUCGACCGGAUUGGGGCAAGGGGCAUUACAGAAGAGGGGUGGCUUUAUCAGCGCUGGGCAGGCACGAAGAAGCGCUGUUCGCCAUUUGCAUCAGCGUGGCUAUCGACAAGAAUCCUCAAGCUGUACGUCACGAAUUGAUCAAGGUGCUGUACAAAGUGCUGUCGGCCGGUCAUCAUCGUUACGUGCCAUCCCGCGCGCCCUACAAUUUGAAGGAGGGUGCGUCGCGCACCAGGAGUCGCUAUCAGAUGAUGAAUCUCAAGAGGAAUCGUCGCGCGAUCCUGAACGGGUCCGAUUGCGAAGACAAUAGCAGCGGCGGCGAAGAAGACUUCGCACAGACUGUUAGCAGGAGGCUCCUGUCAAACGCAGCACCACUGAACAACACCAAGCUGCAGGCCGGCCUGGAUCGAGUCUAUCAAGACGUAGAGAAAUUAAAAAGACUUGAAGCGAGGCCCGCGGAGAAUCUCCUGCCACCCCUUUCCGGUGGCACAGCGGGCGAAUUGGAUUGCAUCCUGUGCUGUCGACUCUUAUGGAAACCCGUAACAACACCAUGUGGGCAUACGUACUGCUGGAUGUGUUUGGAUCGUUGUCUGGACUAUUCCUCGGCUUGUCCUCUGUGUGUCACGUCCCUCGCCGACUACUUGGCCAGUAGCCAGAAGACGGUGACGGAGUUCGUGGAGAGGGCUCUGAAGACCGUGGCUCCGGGGGAAUACGCCUCUAGGGCGGCCAGCCACCGAUUAGAACUCGUCCAGGGACUCGGUCUUCUGGGCAGCGAGCAGAUAGCUGUGUUCGUCUGCACCACUGCAUUCCCCUGCGUCGCCUGUCCCCUCUUCGUCUACGAGCCUAGAUACAGGCUCAUGGUGAGAAGAUGCGUCGAAAGCGGCGUACGUCAAUUUGGAAUCGCCGCGUGUCUCAACAGGGAAGCCACAGGCGCCAAAAGAUACGCUGAAUACGGCACCAUGCUCGAGAUUAGGGACAGAGUUCUGUUGAAAGAUGGCUGUAGUAUUCUCAGUACAGUUGGUGGAAGGAGAUUCAGGGUCCUCUCUGGGGGAGAAAGGGAUGGCUACGACACAGCUCAAGUGGAAUUCCUGAGGGACACGAUGGUACAGGAAGACCAACUGUUGAGCCUCCUAGAAUUACACGACAAGGUGCGAGCGAAAGGCAGAAGAUGGUGGGAGACGGUCCCGUCAUCCCAGCAGUCCGAAAUACAGCGAGUUUUCGGUCGAAUGCCAGACACAGAGGAGGAUUGGCCACGUCUGCCUGACGGUCCCUCGUGGACAUGGUGGUUGUUAGCCAUUUUACCACUGGGCCCCCAGUUGCAAGUGGGGAUCCUAGGUACUACGAGCCUGGAGAAGAGAUUGAGAGCCAUCGAGAAGACUUUGGAUCACAUGGAGCAGAGGCAGCUGACAGUGGCUCCAGCCACGUCCGAGGAAACCACCACCUCGUCGAGCAUAUGUCGCGACGGCGGUAGCAUAACGGAAACGAACGUCUCCGUAGUUCAGCAGUCUUAAAACGGAAACAGGGGGGGUUUGUAGGUCCCCGCGGGACGAAUCGUUUAGGCCCUUAGACCGCGACGAACAAAAAAAGGGAUUAGAAUUUCACUCGAUGUACAAAGUACUUGCGGUGUAGGUUAUCGAAGAUUGCCACUUUUUACUCGAUGUAUUUAAUAUCCGGAAACGAGGCGAGAACCCACGGCUCGAGAACUGGCCUGGUUUUUCCUGGGUAAGUCUCCGGCUUUUCUUCUCAUACUUAACCCCGUUAAUUACGUUUUAAAUCGAGUACCCUCUCAAGUUGGUACUCGUUAAACUUACGCGUCCGGGCGUCUUAUCGAUGAAACGAUGAUGCAGUUAGGGAAUACUGGACGAGGAUAGGGCAGGGAUAGUCCCUGUUACUUGCUUCGUCUGAACAGUCGAACAUUCCAGGUCAAAGCAGCGUCCAAAUGUCCAUGUUUUGUUGAUCUCUGGGCGCUACGAGAUCUAGCUGACUUCCAGUCGGUUAUAGAUUCGCUAUAUUUUAAUUAAAACACGUCACUUAUGAGGCAAAAGUAAGGCCAAGUGGUGCUUACUCGAAAUUUUAGGAAAUAAUAGAUUUGGAGUUUUAUGGAUCAGGAUUAAAUGGGUCGUUAAUGGGUAGCUCAAAGCUGAUGAGAGUAAUGCAAUGUUGUCUAGGACUCGAGAAGAAGCAUUCCAGAAUUUUGGCAGAUUUAAUACUUGAAAAUAGAAGAAACAACAGUUAGUGACUUAACAUGUUCACUGUUGAGUGAUCCUCGUACCAAGAGAAGUUGAACAGAAUGAUCUCUGCAGGUUGUGUAUGUAACUUUCAUCAACUAUGAGUAAAUAUAGAAGCUCUAGGUAAUUUUUUCUUUAUUAAUGGCUAUAUGAAUGAGGAUUGAUCAUAUUUGUUGUCGUUCAAAAGUUGGAAACUCUUCGAUAUUGAAAAUAGAGAAUCUUUCAUGGGGAUUUAGACAUUUUGUCACUUCUUUAGGAAGAAGUAAACAUUUCUUCAUGCAAACUUUUAUUUAAUGGAGGAAGAUCAAUGUAUGUUACAAAAUAUGAUCAAAGUUAAAGCAGUUAAAUAAUUAUCUUGACAUUCUAUGAAGAUUAAAGGUGCAGAAAAUGUUGAGUUCCCAGAACGUACAACUUUUGCUCAUAACAGUGGACGCGUUACAGAAAUUUGGUUUAAUGCAAAUUUGACAUACUUCAAGCACUCGUAAAAACCUAUUCAAGUAUCAUUGACUGUUUUUGAAACAUUUAUUAUUGCGUCGAAAGCCUUAAAAGAACAAUUAUCUUAACAUUCAUGGUCCAAGCGAUUUUCGACAGAAAUUAACCGUUUAUUGGGGUUUGUUGAUUCGAGAAAAACGAUUUGAAAUGUUGAAGCUUCAAUAUUGUCAGCUUCAAAGGUGUGUGAGAUGUAAUAUCUUUGUCGAGUGUUGACUUCUCUUGAAAGUUGAAGAUAUAGCAAGCAUCAUGCUCUGAAAAGUUGAAAUUUAAGCGUUUAUUGGGGAUUGUUGAUUCGGGAAAAACGAUUUUAAAUGUUGAAGCUUCAAUAUUGUCAGCUUCAAGGGUGUGUGAGAUGUAAUAUCUUUGUCGAGUGUUGACUUCUCUUGAAAGUUGAAGAUAUAGCAAGCAUCAUGCUCUGAAAAGUUGAAAUUUAACCGUUUAUUGGGGAUUGUUGAUUCGAGAAAAACGAUUUUAAAUGUUGAAGCUUCAAUAUUGUCAGCUUCAAGGGUGUGUGAGAUGUAAUAUCUUUGUCGAGUGUUGACUUCUCUUGAAAGUUGAAGAUAUAGCAAGCAUCAUACUCUGAAAAGUUGAAAUUUAAGCGUUUAUUGGGGAUUGUUGAUUCGAGAAAAACGAUUUUAAAUGUUGAAGCUUCAAUAUUGUCAGCUUCAAGGGUGUGUGAGAUGUAAUAUCUUUGUUGAGUGUUGACUUCUCUUGAAAGUUGAAGAUAUAGCAAGCAUCAUACUCUGAAAAGUUGAAAUUUAACCGUUUAUUGGGGAUUGUUGAUUCGAGAAAAACGAUUUUAAAUGUUGAAGCUUCAAUAUUGUCAGCUUCAAGGGUGUGUGAGAUGUAAUAUCUUUGUCGAGUGUUGACUUCUCUUGAAAGUUGAAGAUAUAGCAAGCAUCAUACUCUGAAAAGUUGAAAUUUAAGCGUUUAUUGGGGAUUGUUGAUUCGAGUCAAACGAUUUUAAAUGUUGAAGCUUCAAUAUUGUCAGCUUCAAGGGUGUGUGAGAUGUAAUAUCUUUGUCGAGUGUUGACUUCUCUUGAAAGUUGAAGAUAUAGCAAGCAUCAUGCUCUGAAAAGUUGAAAUUUAACCGUUUAUUGGGGAUUGUUGAUUCGAGAAAAACGAUUUUAAAUGUUGAAGCUUCAAUAUUGUCAGCUUCAAGGGUGUGUGGGAUGUAAUAUCUUUGUCGAGUGUUGACUUCUCUUGAAAGUUGAAGAUAUAGCAAGCAUCAUGCUCUGAAAAGUUGAAAUUUAAGCGUUUAUUGGGGAUUGUUGAUUCGAGAAAAACGAUUUUAAAUGUUGAAGCUUCAAUAUUGUCAGCUUCAAGGGUGUGUGAGAUGUAAUAUCUUUGUCGAGUGUUGACUUCUCUUGAAAGUUGAAGAUAUAGCAAGCAUCAUGCUCUGAAAAGUUGAAAUUUAAGCGUUUAUUGGGGAUUGUUGAUUCGAGAAAAACGAUUUGAAAUGUUGAAGCUUCAAUAUUGUCAGCUUCAAGGGUGUGUGAGAUGUAAUAUCUUUGUCGAGUGUUGACUUCUCUUGAAAGUUGAAGAUAUAGCAAGCAUCAUGCUCUGAAAAGUUGAAAUUUAAGCGUUUAUUGGGGAUUGUUGAUUCGAGAAAAACGAUUUUAAAUGUUGAAGCUUCAAUAUUGUCAGCUUCAAGGGUGUGUGAGAUGUAAUAUCUUUGUCGAGUGUUGACUUCUCUUGAAAGUUGAAGAUAUAGCAAGCAUCAUGCUCUGAAAAGUUGAAAUUUAAGCGUUUAUUGGGGAUUGUUGAUUCGAGAAAAACGAUUUGAAAUGUUGAAGCUUCAAUAUUGUCAGCUUCAAAGGUGUGUGAGAUGUAAUAUCUUUGUCGAGUGUUGACUUCUCUUGAAAGUUGAAGAUAUAGCAAGCAUCAUACUCUGAAAAGUUGAAAUUUAAGCGUUUAUUGGGGAUUGUUGAUUCGAGUCAAACGAUUUUAAAUGUUGAAGCUUCAAUAUUGUCAGCUUCAAAGGUGUGUGAGAUGUAAUAUCUUUGUCGAGUGUUGACUUCUCUUGAAAGUUGAAGAUAUAGCAAGCAUCAUACUCUGAAAAGUUGAAAUUUAAGCGUUUAUUGGGGAUUGUUGAUUCGAGUCAAACGAUUUUAAAUGUUGAAGCUUCAAUAUUGUCAGCUUCAAGGGUGUGUGAGAUGUAAUAUCUUUGUCGAGUGUUGACUUCUCUUGAUAGUUGAAGAUAUAGCAAGCAUCAUGCUCUGAAAAGUUGAAAUUUAAGCGUUUAUUGGGGAUUGUUGAUUCGGGAAAAACGAUUUUAAAUGUUGAAGCUUCAAUAUUGUCAGC